AUUUCACUCACAACUGGUACGUGCGACAGUUCGUAAAACUUUAUUGCUACUACUCUACAUAGUACCAUAUCAGUCUGUUUUUGAUUUACCUUUUAAAAAGUAAUAUUGCUGAGUCUUGUCCAACGUCUCACCAUGCCUUAUGAAACCUGGACACCUGAACUGGUAUUUUCUGCACAUAAUUCAGAAGUUGAAUUGCUAGAAGCGAAGCUACGAACCGCAAAAAUUGUGACCGCUCUUGCUAGUGUACCAACGUGGGUGCUUGGCAAUGCAGGCGUGCCAAUCAUAUUUGGGGAAAGCAUUGCCUGGCUCAUUAGGUUCAGUGCUGACGUAGAAGGCUGUAAAAACCGUUUGAUUGAAGCCAAAAUCGAAAAAGCAACCGUAAGUUUUGCUGUGUCCUUUUACCAAGCUAAAAUUAGAUCAAUCCAGGGACGAUUGGAUAGACUGUUGAGCGAUAUAUCGAGAAAUGAGAGAGAGCUAGAAAUUGUUCCUGCUUUUAUGGCUUGUCAGGAAGUAAUGACAUUAUUUCAAGACACGACCUACCCAUUUUGGAUUAAGCCUGAUAUAUCAUCACCACUUCUGGUAUCAUUCGCUGCAGUUUAUGUGGCCGUGUGUCAAAUGACUGUCGAAUUAUUUGAUAGCUAUAGACCAGACGUUGCUAAAGAAAUUGUAAUGCUGGGAAACGUUGUAGACGACUACAGAAGGCGGUUCCUUUGCUUUAGGCUUUACAAACCCAAAUAUCCGAUCUUUUCUCGGAAGAACAUAAUUGACAAGUACGAUGAGAAACUUCGGACGACCGAUAGAUCGAAGACAAGGGGAGAGUUUGAUUGUUACUGCUUGUAUAGACAAAAUUACAGUGCAUCGCUCAUCGAAACGUAUGGGAGUUUUUUUGAUUCAGUGAAAGCAGCAAUUGUGGACUCGGGACUACUGCCAGAUGAUGAAACAUCGGAUGAAACGCCAAGAAAUGAAUGGUGUACAGACCACAAGCGAUGUUAUUUGAAUUUGGAAAGUCGUAAAGAAUGUUUUUGUAAGGACUGGAAUUCGUUCGACGGGGCUUUAUCGAUUAAGGGAAAAGAAGUGGAAAAAGCAAUUGCACAUGGGCAGUGUCUCUCAACGAUUUCUUCAAAGGACACUUACGUACGACACUAUCAAUACUCCUGUAACACGUGCGAAUUUUCGAAUUCGGAAUGUAUUUGUCGAAGUUGCAUGCUAAUGUGCCACAAAGGACAUGAUGUUGAGUUUAUACGGUACGGCUGGUUUUUCUGCGAUUGUGCUGAUCUAUCUGCAGAUACAAAUACAGAGUGUCAAUUGACCAAAGAAGAGGAAUUGCUAACCGAAGAAGUUCCAGCCAUUGAAUACGCUUGGCCAUUUGUUGUGUGUAAAGAAUGCGAACAAGAGGUUGUUGGAGAAAGAUACAAAUGUAGAAGCUGCAGCGACUUUGAUUUAUGCAAAUCAUGCGUCGCUGAUCAAGUUCACACCAAUCAUGAUGAUUUCAUCAGAAUGAUCAAGACAAAUACAUCGAAAGGUGUUGAAAGAUCAGGUGUACAUCGAUUUGUCACUUGUGAUGGAUGUGAGGAGAGUCCGUUAUGUGGACGCCGAUACAAAUGUACUCAAUGUGAGAAUUGCAAUUUGUGUACUACGUGCCACGACAAUGAGGUUCACGACCAUGACACAUUCGAAGAAAUUUCAAUAUCAAAAUCGGCGGUGAAUGUUAAGAAGAUUGGCUGGGGUGGACUUAUGGAAGCAUUGAAAAUUACCCAGCAAUUUCAAUCUGAAGCAUAUUGCAAUGAAAAUUCAGCACCUGAAUCUGAUGAUAUAGUGGAAGUUUGCCUUCUGUUGGACGAAGAUCCGCAAAUGCCUUUUUCGGGUACAAUCACCUGUCAGGAGAAUACAAUUUCCUUUGCCAUAAUUAUGAACGGACGCAUUCCACAACAACCCAACGGAUUUGAAGUGAUUCUGUUGCUGGAAGAUAAAGUACUACUUCAAUUCAAUCCACGCUGGUAUCAAGAAAAAAUUGUGGUGAGCACGGAUGAUACCGAUGUGGAAGAGUAUGCCCUUUUCUCCACUCUAGUUCCAGAUGAAGAGUUUCGAUUGAAAAUUCUAUUUGAAGAAAGCGGUUUCCAGAUAACAAUAAAUGAUGAGACGCCCAUCAACUUCGCACAACGUAUUAUUGAUGACGAAUUAAUAUUCAAGGUUAACGUUUCCGGCGAUGUGGUACUUGACUCAGUCGCAUUCAAUGUAUACAAUUCUACGUAAAGUUUGCUCUUAAUAUUGUACUUAGUGGGUAAUUGGGAUAUUUCGAAAAUAAAUAAAAUUUCAAUGAUUUUUUAAAGCUU